AUGGCUUCUUCAUCUCCAUCUCGUCUCCAGAACUACGAUGUGUUCGUCAGUUUCCGUGGGAAAGAUACCCGCAGGAAAUUCGCAAGCCAUCUCUACACAGCACUUCGUUAUAGGAAUAUCAUUACUUUCAAAUACGAUAGAGAGAUUGAAGCGGGUGACACAAUUUCCGAUGAAAUCUGCCAAGCGAUUCAAGAUUCUAGGUUCGUUGUGGUCAUUAUCUCGGAGAACUACGCUACUUCUAAGUGGUGCUUGGAGGAACUUCGGAUGAUAAUGGACUUUCACACUGAGGAUAUGAGCAGAGUUGUUCCUAUCUUCUACGGAGUAGAUCCCUCUGACGUGAGACACCAGAGAGGAAGCUUCGACACUGCUUUUCAAUAA